UGAAUAUAAUGCUCCUGUUGAUGAUGAUUUUCCUCCAUCUCCUCCCAUCCCAACUAUUCCUGAAGGUCUUGAUGCUCCCCUUGUAUCUGACUCUCCUCCAACUAGACAAAUUACAAAAAGGGGACAGUCAGAAGAGUUUGAAGGUACAAAGAGAUGGAAGAAAGGAUAUGAUGAACACCAUGAAGCAAAAUUAAAACGUGAACAGAAAAGAAGGGAAUAUUUAGAAAGAAAAUUAAAUAUUAGAGAGCAAAGGGUUCCAAUUGAUCAAUCAGCGCUAGUUAAAACUCGUAAGGACGAUGAUAUUCGAAGACGUCUAAAAUUAAAAAGAAAAUGGGAAGGUCCAGACGAAAGUCCUCUA